AUGUCGACUGCUCCGCUCACCGCUUCCGCUUUUGAGGCUGCAAGGAGCCGGAUGAGCAGCCUUCUCCGCAAUUGUCCGAAUGAUCCAUUCUGUGGGUCAGGCAGCAAUCCCACUCUGUAUCCUCCCUACGAGAAGGGCGUCAAGAUCGCCAAGAAGGCAUUCAUCGAAGCGAUGAAGCCCAUCUACCACGCGCAGUUUCGUACUGACGGAAUGUCCGAAGAGGACUACGUCACCCAACUCGCUUCCCAAACCGACCUGAUCAAAACCUUGACCAUGGAUGCUGCCAACAAGUUGAGCACCAUGGUGGCGCACAAUCAAGUCAUGGAUCUCGCUCUCAAGGUCUGGAGCAACGGGUUGGAGGACAUGAGCGAUGCUGACAAGGAUGUCUUGGGCACUGUGAUGCGUGAGACAAGCGGAUGCCUGGGUCAGUCGACGGGCACCAUGCACACCUACAUGAAGGAACUCCAUACCUUCCUCAAGACUCAGACGCAGCAGCCGGACCAUCCGCAUGACAUGCGCACCGCGCAGGAUCAAGGAUUGGUCCAAGCAAUUCUCGGUGUCCCGAACAGCAUCGCGGUCGCGCGUCUUCUUUUCGGAGAUGAGAGUGAGCUCGAGACUCCAGUGGACGUCGCGAAAGGGAUGAGCGCGUACGACAAAGAGUGCACGAGGCUGCUCCAGCGUCAGAGCAAGCUAUACAAGGGGCGCGCCAACGACAUGCUAUCGCUGCACUACUUGAGCGACCUUCUUCAGGACGGCAACGAGCAGCACCAGGUUGCCAAGGGCUUCCUCGACAGGUUCAAGGCUUUUGAAGCGGGAAUUCUUGAAUCUGUCAAAGACGCCGGGCUGACUCAUGAGGAGGCGGUCGAGUACCUCACGACCACUUACGCUCACAGUGAUGGAUGGAAGGCCACAUCAGCCGCCGGGUCAGCCACUGCGGCCGCUGACCUUGCCUCGAAGCGCGCAGCCCUCGAGUUGGAGUACGCUCCCAUUCUGACGAUCAUGCUCGGCUGCAAGGAGUGGCAUGAGCGAGGGCCGCAAGAGACAGUCACGCUUGCCGAGAUGCUGGAGUACGCGCAGACUCCCGAGUGCCUCGUUUCGCUGGGUUACGAUGUGCCUAUGCCGAUGGACACGGAAGACUGA